UUGGCAGCGAGGGGUCAACUGAGGUCGACACGUUGCGAGCCAACUGACUGACGUUACCGGGAGGAUUCAGCCUGUCAUCCGGGGUACACGCACUCAAAGAGAGGGGGGGGUUAUACUAUGAAAAGGACUGAAAAUAAAAACAAGAGGAAAUUCUGUAACAUGGAGCACCAGGGGAGCGGGAGAGCAGAGAAAGAUGCGAAGCAGUUUGGGGCUCCACCUCCUCUCCUCUUCAGGAAGCUGAGUAACCCUGACCUGUCACCCGCGGCAACCGCUGCUACCAAAUCCAAAUUGCACCGUCAGCUGAGCCAGGACGAAAGCUGGGCCCGACGCAGCAGCCUGGCCAUGACCGGUAAGCAGUUGCUGCCUCUGUCCAGCAGUCUGCAUGGCGGUGUGAGUCAGCUGGCCUGGCAGGGGCCCUCUGGGGGUCAUGGAGGGCCCCUGGCCCCCGCUGGGAUCUCUGCAGGAGGAGGAGGAGGAGGAAACAACCUGGUUCGUAUGAGGAGCCAAACCUUGGGACAGUCUGCACCGUCACUCACUGGACUGAAGGAGCUGAGCCUUCCCAGAAGAGGCAGUUUUUGUCGAAUGUCCAAUAGGAAACAAAUAGACACAGAGUGUUCCUCUUCAGUGUGCUUACCUAUUGUUCUCUCUCCUCUUUCUUUCCAUCCUUCGUCUUCUUCUCUCUCAGGUACCAGCCCACUGGACAGCCCUCGCAACUUCUCCCCGAACACAGCUGCACACUUCUCCUUUGUUCCUGCGCGCAGUCACGGACACAGGGCUGACAGGACGGAUGGCAGACGCUGGUCUCUGGCCUCGUUGCCCUCCUCCGGCUAUGGCACCAACACGCCCAGCUCCACCGUCUCGUCCUCCUGUUCAUCUCAGGAGAAGCUGCACCAGCUGCCCUUCCAGCCCACCCCGGACGAGCUGCACUUCCUCACCAAGCACUUCAGCUCCGAGAGCAUCACGGACGAGGAGGGACGUCGCUCCCCCGCCAUGAGACCGCGCUCCCGCAGCCUCAGCCCCGGGCGGUCCCCCAUCUCCUUCGACCAUGAGAUCGUGAUGAUGAACCAUGUCUACAAGGAGAGGUUUCCCAAGGCGACGGCUCAGAUGGAGGAGCGUCUGGCGGAGCUGCUCAGCUCCUCGGCCCCAGACAAGGUCUGCCCGCUGGCCGACGGGGUCCUGAGCUUCGUGCACCACCAGCUGACGGAGCUGUCCCGGGACUGCCUGGAGAAGAGCCGCGGAGACCAGAUCACCUCGCGCUACUUCUACGAGCUCCAGGAGAACCUGGAGAAGCUGCUGCAAGACGCUCACGAGCGCUCGGAGAGUGUGGAGGUCACCUUCGUCACGCAGCUCGUCAGGAAGCUGAUGAUCAUCAUCGCCCGGCCGGCGCGCCUGCUGGAGUGUCUGGAGUUUGAUCCCGAGGAGUUCUACCAUUUGUUGGAGGCAGCAGAGGGCCAUGCCAAAGAGGGCCAGGGCAUCAAGAGCGACAUCCCCCGUUACAUCAUCAGCCAGCUGGGCCUCACCAGGGACCCCCUGGAGGAAAUGGCCCAGCUGAGUAGCUAUGACAGCGGGAACCCAGAAACCCCAGAGACAGAUGACUCAGUUGAUGGUCGAAGCACCACGGUCCCAGCACCUCCUCCACAGCCUAAAACCAAAGCCCCUCGAGAGGAAGACUUUGAAAACAUCAAGCUGAUCAGUAACGGAGCCUACGGCGCUGUGUUUCUGGUGCGUCACAAGGAGACCCGGCAGCGUUUCGCCAUGAAGAAGAUCAACAAGCAGAACCUGAUCCUGAGGAACCAGAUCCAGCAGGCCUUCGUGGAGCGAGACAUCCUGACGUUCGCCGAGAACCCGUUUGUCGUCUCCAUGUUCUGCUCCUUCGAGACCAGGCGGCACCUCUGCAUGGUGAUGGAGUACGUGGAGGGAGGAGACUGCGCCACGCUGCUGAAGAAUAUCGGAGCCCUGCCGGUCGAUAUGGCUCAGAUGUACUUCGCAGAGACCGUCCUCGCGUUGGAAUAUCUCCACAAUUAUGGCAUCGUACACAGAGACCUCAAACCAGACAAUCUUCUCAUCACUUCCAUGGGACACAUUAAGCUCACUGACUUCGGUCUCUCAAAGAUCGGUUUGAUGAGUUUGACCACGAACCUCUACGAGGGACACAUAGAGAAAGACACCAGAGAGUUCCUCGAUAAACAGGUGUGCGGCACUCCAGAGUACAUCGCCCCCGAGGUGAUCCUGCGUCAGGGCUACGGGAAGCCGGUGGACUGGUGGGCCAUGGGGGUCAUCCUGUAUGAGUUCCUGGUGGGCUGCGCUCCCUUCUUCGGAGACACGCCAGAGGAGCUGUUUGGUCAGGUCAUCAGUGAUGAGAUCAUCUGGCCGGAGGAGGACGAAGCUCUGCCUCAGGAGGCUCAGGACCUCAUCACCAAACUGCUGCGACAAAAUCCUCUGGAGAGACUGGGCACAGGAAGUGCCUUUGAGGUGAAGCAGCACCCGUUCUUCACAGAGCUGGACUGGAACAGCCUGCUGAGGCAAAAGGCCGAGUUCAUCCCCCAGCUGGAGUCUGAGGACGACACCAGCUACUUCGACACUCGCUCUGACCGGUACCACCAUCUGGAUUCAGAAGAAGAGGACGACACCAACGACGAUGAACACGUGGAGAUUCGACAGUUCUCCUCCUGCUCGCCUCGUUUCAGCAAGGUGUACAGCAGCAUGGAGCGUCUGUCUCUGCAUGAGGAGAAGAGGACUCCUCCUCCCACCAAACGCAGCCUCAGCGAGGAGGGAGGAGAUCGCAUCGACAGCCUGAGCGGACUCAAGUCCAGGGAUCGGUCCUGGCUGGUGGGAUCCCCAGAGAUCCUGAGGAAGCGUCUGUCUGUCUCGGAGUCGUCCCACACGGAGAGCGACUCCAGCCCGCCGCUGACCGUCCGGAGACGCUGCUGCUCGGCCAUCAUCGAGAUGCCCCGCUUCGCCAUCUCCUCGGAGGAGGAGGGAGGCCAAGGUGCGGCUGUGAGUCGUAAGAGUCCCAGCCUGCUGGGUCUGAGCGCGGUGAGGGGUCCGCGCUGCGACGAGCUGCCGCUCGCCAUCCCAGAGCUCCCAGUGGAGAGAGAGCUGAAGCUGGACGAGUCUCCCACCACGCCCAGCUCCACCUCCAGUCAGCCGAGCAGAGCCACGCUCACACCGGGCAGUUCAGGCAGUAACGGCACCGCUGCUAAACCCGACAGCGAUUCUCCCUCCACGCCGAGGGCCAUCAGCGACCUGGCGGCUCGCAGGGCUCGCCACCGCCUGCUGUCCGGAGACGCAGACAAGCACACGGCGAGCUCCAGCUCCAGGCCGCUCAACAAGGUCAUCAAGUCGGCGUCCGCCACCACGCUGUCGCUGAUGAUCCCCGCAGACCACCACGGAGCCUCGCCAUUGGCCAGCCCGAUGUCUCCCCACUCGCUGUCGUCCAACCCGUCGUCUCGGGACUCGUCCCCGAGCCGAGACCUGUCCCCGGCCGUGAACAACGUCAAGCCCGCCAUCGUGAUCCACAGGGCGGGCAAGAAGUACGGCUUCACCCUGAGGGCCAUCCGAGUCUACAUGGGGGACUCUGACAUCUACACAGUCCACCACAUGGUCUGGCAUGUGGAGGACGGCGGUCCGGCCCACAACGCCGGGCUGAGGGAGGGAGACCUGAUCACCCAGGUCAACGGCGAGCCGGUUCACGGUCUGGUUCACACCGAGGUGGUGGAGCUCAUCCUGAAGAGCGGCGGCAAGGUGUCCAUCUGUGCCGUUCCCUUUGAGAACACGUCCAUCAAGGUCGGCCCCGCCCGAAAGACCACCCACAAAUCCAAGAUGGCGAGACGCAACAAGAAGACCAAGACCAAGGAGGGACAGGACAGUAAGAAGAGGACGUCUCUGUUCAGGAAGAUCACCAAGCAGGCGUCUCUCCUCCACACCAGCCGCAGUCUGUCCUCCCUGAACCGGUCCCUGUCCUCUGGGGAGAGCGGCCCCGGCUCGCCCACACACAACAUGUCCCCACGGAGCCCCACGCAGGGCUACCGGUCCACGCCAGACUCCGCCCACUCAGUUGGCGGAAACUCCUCCCAGAGCAGCUCCCCCAGCUCCAGCGUCCCGAACUCGCCGGCGAGCUCCGGCCACAUCCGGCCCAGCUCCCUGCACGGCCUGGCCCCCAAGCUCCAGCGCCAGUACCGCUCGCCCCGACGCAAGUCCGCCGGCAACAUCCCGCUCUCCCCUCUGGCCCGCACGCCCUCGCCCACCCCCCAGAGCAGCUCCCCCCAGCGCUCCCCGUCCCCCCUGUCCCACGCUCUGGGACGGUCUGCGGCGGGACAGUCCUUCCCCGUGAAGCUGCACUCGUCCCCGCCCCUGGUCCGGCAGAUCUCCAGGCCCAAGAGCGCGGAGCCCCCGCGCUCGCCGCUCCUCAAGAGGGUGCAGUCGGCCGAGAAGCUGGCGUCGUCCCUCUCUAACCCCCCCUCGUCGCCCUCUGGGGGGGCGGCGGCGGCGGGGGGGCCGGCUGUCGGGAGCCGCAAACACAGUCUGGACAUCUCGCAUUCAGAGUUCAAGAAGGAGAUCCUGCAGAGAGAGCCGAGCCUGCAGAGCCUCCAGGAGUCCGCCAGCGAGGUUCUGCUGUCAUCGGCCGGGUGCGGCGUGGACAAGGGCAGCCUGCAGAAACACUCCUCCUCAAACAGGAAGUUGGGGCGUCAGGAAGGGGACGGCGCCCUCGGCUCGGUGUCCGGGUCUCUGGGUCUGGCCCCCGGGAAGAGCAAGCUGAAGGACAAGCUGUCGGCCAUCCGGCAGGACCGGGCCGAGCGGAGGGAGUCGCUGCAGAAGCAGGACGCCAUCCACGAGGUCGAUUCGUCCGAGGACGAGACAGACGAGGGCUCCGAGGACAGCCAGGACGGACGCAAGGCGGCCACCUUCACCCCUCCCCCCCUGCUGAGGCCCACCACUGUGAGAACGGGCCCCGGAGGCACGCUGCCGUCCCUCUGCCUCUCCCCCUGCACGACUCACGCCACUUUCACCCACACGGGGCCCUCCCAGGUGGGCAGGCCCACCCCCUCGCACACCCUCUCCUCUGUCACAGAGACGAGGGCCGGGCAGAGCGCCUCCCCGCUGGGGGUAAAAGACACGAGGUCUGCGGCAUCCACAGAAGACGGUGCCAGACAAGAGAGGAAGCUUCUGGGCCCGAGCAGUGCCACAAAACCCACUCAGGGCCCCCUUCUCUUCCCCACCCCAGGCAGUGCAUUCAUCUCAGUCGGCAAGGACACUUUCCUAAAACCAAAUCCUCCAGCAGACUCUAAGAGUCUCAGGGGGAAGGCUGCACCAUCGGAGCCCAGGGCAGAGGACCAAACCCUGGACAGCCCUGGAUCCACAGUCCCCUCUUCCACGAUCACCACAAUUACUACCAACAGAACCUGCACCAGUACCACAGACUGCAGAAUCUCCCCUAAUACUACAGACUGCCGACCCACCACUAGUACUACAGACUGCCGACCCACCACUAGUACUACAGACUGCCGGGACACCACCAGUGCUACAGACUGCCUGACCGCCACCAGUACUACAGACUGCCUGACCGCCACCAGUACUACAGACUGCCUGACCGCCACCAGUACUACAGACUGCCUGACCGCCACCAGUACUACAGACUGCCUGACCGCCACCAGUACUACAGAAUGCCGGACCACCACCAGUACUACAGAAUGCCGGACCACCACCAGUACUACAGAAUGCCGGACCACCACCAGUACUACACACUGCCGGACCGCUGACAGCCAAGAGACGCCCAGCUCCUCCUGCUCCUCUCCUGGUGUCCCCAAGGAGAAGAAGGAGGCUGACAACCGGAGACUGUGCGCCGUAGCCGCUGCGAGUCAAAAUGCGUCUCCCUCGUCCACUCCUGGUUCCGGCUUUAGUCUCGGUUCCCCAGUCCCAGGCCCUGAGAGCGCCGUGGACAGAGUCGUGUUCCAGCUUGCGACGGUAGCUAAGAGCGUUCUGGGUCCCGUCAAACUGAGCACCGCUGCAGAGAGGAGCCAAAAGGACCAGAAACCAUCCAGAGACGUCCCCCCAGAAGUCCCACCUAGUGCCCCUCUCUCGUUUCUCUCUAAACAGCUCCCGACUCCUCCUUUACCGUACCCUUUGGAGCACCCAAACAGAAAGAAAAGUAAUCAAGUGGCCUCCCAGAUCACCUCAGCCAAACCCUCUACCCAGAAAGACUUUACCGACCUGGGGCCAUCACCCUGCACGGACGUCCCAGAAAGACCCGCACCGGGGUCUGCGGGCAGGGAGAAUGCUGCCGUGGGUGCAGCCGCCCCCCUCAACACAAACCCCAUCGCCUCUGCAGCAUCUGAGCCACAGCGCAAGAGGCCCAAACCCCAGGCGCCGACCGCCGCCAACGCUGUGACCGCGUCCUCGCAACCAGACAAAGCCACCAGCAAGAAGACGUAGCAGC